AUGGCCGAAACCAACAGUGCUGAGGCCAGAGAGCUGAGCUUAAUUUCGAAGGUUGAGUUGAGAAUCGCCCUGGCUGAUACAGAUGAGAAGUUGCAAUCUCUUCUCGGCACAUACUUGCCCCCCUUGUUACUGAAAUUGGGCGCCGAUAGCCACGCAGUUCGUAACAAAGUUAUUUCAGUUUGUCAGCAUAUCAACACCAGAGUCAAGGCCCCCGCAAUCAAAUUGCCCGUGGCCGCGCUGUUGAAGCAGUUCAAGGAACAAAAAACGCAAUUGAUCAGGCAUUUUGACUUGGUUUAUCUUCAGCAAGGUAUUGAUCGCUUGGGCUCUGACGCAAGAGUUGAGAUUCUGGUUCCGUUGCUUCAAGGCAUCUCCGAAAUCGGAACAUCUGCGAACCAGGGUGCUGUUGUGUUUAAUCUUGUACUGCGCCUGUUGCCAUUACUGAAGCUUCCUCCAAAGGGUAGCGAAGACGAUGUGAAACUGAAGACUCGGUUAGGCCUCUCAGACCAAGACUCGAGCUUUCUCUCGCACUGGUUUUCAAAACUGUUACUUCUUACUCCUGCAGAAAAGAACACGUCUGCAUGCCCAGGUCUAUCUCCAGCGGAGUACAAGUUUCUUAAUAAAGAUGUGCCUGUAACUGACACGUGGGACCCUGCUCAGGAAGGCGGGUUAAACCUAACGGAAACUAAAGUCCGAGUACUGAAGUUCAUCUCGAGCGGAGCAUUUAAUGAUUCGGAGCGGAUGAUGCCCGCAAUAAUUUCGUCCGCAGACAGUAACUCUCGACUUUCUGAUCUCGCCGAAGAACUUCUGAAGAGGUUUACGCCGGACCUCGAAAGCCCAGAUGUUGUUCAGCAGCUUUAUCAACUGUAUUUUGGUGCUGGUACACCAGACGGGGCUCGCCCGGCGCGCCCUGCCCUGCAAACAAAACUCCUUGUCUUCCUAGGGAAGUCUGUUAGGGCCACAUCAAACACGGAUAAAAUUGUUCAGUUAAUCGAAGAUGGUCUCUUAUCGGAUUCGGCGAGGUCUUCUCAGGGACUACAAGCGUCCAAGUUGCGAACGCAAAUCUUCAACUUCACUACAUGGGUUGUCCGCAUGGGCUCACCAGAUGAUCUCAGGCAGCUGGCCCCGAAAGUAAUCGCUGGAUUGAUGGACUUUAUCCGGUCUCAGGGAUGGCCUAGCCCAGGAGCCAGUGGUCAACGACUCCCAGCCACUGAUCUAAGUCUACGCGCGCUUGCCUACGAAAGCAUUGGAAUUAUCGUUCCUAAGGCCGAUCUUCAAUUUAGCGGUGGGCAUGGAACAGUGUCUUAUUUCGAAUUAAUUAAAUGGCUUUUUACGUCUCUAAGCUGUGAUGACUCGGGGCCACAAUUCUUCGUCAGCAUUGAGCAAGCUCUAGGAAGCAUAUUGAAUUCGUCAAUAGAUGUCGCGAGCGCGGAAUCCCAGAAGGAAUUAAGCCAUUUUUUGCUGUCUCAAAUGAGGACAUACCCAGGAGAUGACGACGAGGAAACCGGCUGCAGAAUCGUGCGUGGUCCGCAGUACGCUGCGGUAAGGUUUACCAACCGAUUUCUGCCAUUUUCUAAUGUUGUUGGACGCUGGAUCGAUCUCAUGGCUGUUGCAGGUGGCGCCGAUAAACGCCAGGAAAUUUCGGAGGAGGGCAAAAAGGGCUUGCACCCAUAUUGGUAUAGGCUCCUGAAUCCAACGCAGGAAAAUAAAGCAACAGCUGCGUCAUUUGGAUUUUCAGGUGAAGUGGCGUCCUGGUUCGAUUUUCCAAGUUUUAUUGAAGCUACGAACUUUCUACUUUUCACUGUGGUUCCUGGGAACCAUGAGUUUGGUGUGUUCUCUGGACGUUACAGAGAAUCAUUUGCCCCUGCAAUGACCUUCCUUCGCAACAUCUUAUUCUGGAAAUCUCUGUUAGCCGCUGGUCUCGACAUAGAGAUAGAGCAAGAUUGGGAAUCUAAAUUGGAUUUGAUGCUCGCUUCGGAUGAAAAUGCACGGGCAGCUCUGAGGCAACAUAUGAGAUCGAAUGAUCAGGAACUAGUGGGCAUGUUUUUGCAGUCUACCUUGAUGGGUCUUGUUGAUCCAUAUCGAGAGGGUCGUCGACAAUGUGGAGAACACUUUGUUAGUAUCUGCUCACUAGCAGCUAACAACUCGGUCGAGUGGCUUCUUCCCCAGGCACUCUCACUGAAAGGAACCCUGUCUAGCAAUGAUCAGGAUGCCCAGAACACGGCAGCGAGAGCAAUUAGUAUUUUAGCUUCUCAUCCUGCGUUUCCUCAAGAGGACCUGGCUGCUCUGGUGACGGAGUCAUCAGCUACAUUGGGCCCAUGGGAGUCCGCAGUUGGCGACAAAGUGCUUAAGGUUCGAGGUGUAAUACUUGGGCUAUGCUUUGUUUUCAGCAGGCUUGCUUUCCGAGGAACAAUAAAAAAGGUCCCCGAAACUCAAGUAGAUCAGUUUGUGAGGAUUCUACUUGCCAUCAUUGAGACUUCGCGCGACUCUCUUCUCCGCCAAGCCGCACAGACAGCUAUCGGGCAACUAAGUCUUUCUGGUCUUCUCUCCCCAACUACAUUUUCUGAUACUGAGUGGGAAACAAUUAAAGACAAGCUGGUGAAAGAUGCAAAAGCUGAAAGCAACGUUGCCAUCACAGCCAUUGGGUUGCUUCUCCUCACUUUCCCCCGCGAUGCACCAUUAUUUGACCAACUGUUUGAGGCUCUUACCGGCCUACAUGAACUUCGAAGCCCGGAAAUUCACUUUACCGUCGGCGAAGCGCUGGGAAAUGCUGUCGCCGGUUGGAACUCCAAGUCCCUAGUCCCCAAUUUCGAUGUUGAUGCGAAAUUUCCUGAAAAUAAAAUUCCAAUAUCGGUCCUUGCAGAUGCGUGUGACAAACUCAUUACUAAUUGCAGGGCGCCAAAACCAUCUUUAAGGAAAGCAUCUGCAAUAUGGUUGCUAUGCUUGGUCAAAAACUGUGGUCAUAUGAAAGAGAUACAAAGCCGUCUCCGCAAAUGCCAGAUCACGUUCGCUAGCUUGUUGAGCGACCGCGACGAGAUGGUCCAGGAAACCGGGGCGCAAGGACUUAGCUUGGUGUACGAGAUGGGUGACCAAGCUCUCAAGGAUGACUUGGUGCGUGACUUGGUGGACUCGUUCACGGCCAGUGGCGCAAACCUCGGCGGAGGUAAGGUCGAUGAAAACACGGAGCUCUUCGAGCCAGGAGCCCUGCCUACUGGGGGAGGCUCAUCUGUCAAUACAUACAAGGAUAUCAUGAACCUUGCUUCCGAAGCCGGUGAUCCAACUCUCGUUUAUCGGUUCAUGUCGCUCGCUUCCAACAACGCACUUUGGACCAGUCGAGCGGCAUUUAGCAAGAUUGGUAUCAGCAGUAUUUUCUCUGACUCCAGUAUCAACGGAUACCUUGCGAAAAACCCGAAGAUUUACCCCAAACUAUUCCGAUACCGGUUUGAUCCGAAUCCGAAUGUGCAACGUUCUAUGAACACCAUAUGGCUUGCGUUGGUCAAGGAUCCAAAUGCAGUCAUCAGCGCUCACUUCGAUGAAAUCAUUUCAGAUCUCUUGAAGAGCAUGCUGGCUGGUCGCGAAUGGCGAAUGCGGCAGGCAAGUUGUACGGCAAUCGCAGAUUUAAUACAGGGUCGGCAGCCGGAGGUAUAUGCCAAAUAUGUGGAUGAAAUAUUUACCAAGGCAUUUAAGCUGGUUGAUGAUAUCAAAGAGAGCGUUCGAGCUGCGGCUCUAAAGCUUUGCCAAACAAUUACUGGCUCCGUUAUCCGCACCUUGGAGGCGAGCAAUCCCGACACGAGACGCGUGAAGACUAUGCUCGAAAGUACCAUCCCAUUCCUAUUAAGUGAUAAAGGCAUGGAAUCUAGUGUUCAAGAGGUUCAGGGGUUUGCCCUUGGAGCUCUCAUACAGAUGAUAAAGAAAGGGCCCAGUAGUUCAUUACGGACGUUUGUUCCUAGCAUCAUGGAACAAUUUUUGAACUGCCUUAGCUCACUGGAGCCACAGGCGGUCAACUACGUCCAUCUCAAUGCCGAUAAGUACGGGCUAACAGGGCAGGAAAUAGACAAGAUGAGACUGUCCAGUAUUCGCACUUCGCCGAUGAUGGAAGUGAUUGAGCGGUAUUUAAUCGAUAUGCUAGACGAUGCGAGCAUGAAGGAAUUCGCAGCAAAACUGGAAGGCGUUAUUCGCUCGGCUGUUGGUCUUCCAUCCAAGGUUGGGUGCAGCCGUGUACUGGUCCUGUUAAGUAUGCGCACAGUGCUCUUCCGACCUUACGCAGAUCGAUUCAUCCAGCUUCUUAGUAAAUAUGUCGUCGACAGGAACGACACCGUCAGCGCGUCAUACUGUUCAUCCAUUGGCUAUCUCAUGCGGUUGGCCUCAGGCGACCGGAUCCUGAAGACCAUUAAAUACGCCAAAACUCUAUACCUGACGGCUGAAGAUGCCAAUCAACGAGUGAUUUCAGCCGAGAUCCUAAACUCAUCCUCGAAGUUGUCUAAUGAUCGUUUCAUGACAUUUGCCUCGACGUCCUUGCCGUUCAUUUUCGUUGCAAAACACGAUCUCGAUGAGCAUGUCCGUGAAGUAUUUGAGAAAACAUGGCAGGAUAACGUCGGUGGUAAUCGGGCAGUGUCACUGUACAUCAAGGAAAUCACCGAUCUUGUCAGGGAUAACCUAGAGUCAGCCCGGUGGGCAAUAAAGCAUACCGCAGCGUUGGCAAUCGCAGACGCUAUCAUGUCACUGGAUUCGGAGAUCGGUCUGGAUACGAGCGAGUACAUCUGGCCUGUUCUAGAAAAGGCAUUGGCUGGGAAGACCUGGGACGGGAAAGAAAAUGUGCUCAAGGCAUUUGUACAGUUUGCAAGCCAGGCGAAGAAAUUAUGGCAAAAACAACCUUCGUUAGGAGAAUUGAUGAAGAAUAUUACGAUUCGGGAGGCCAAACGAAAUAACCCUGCAUAUCGACCACAUGGCCUGACUGCUCUGGGUGGAGUGGCACAAGCACGCAAGGACCUCAAUCUUACGGCUGAAGCAAUCAGCAUCGUUUCCAAUGUGCUGGAUGACAUUGACGAUUCAGGGGAUCCCAUGGACAUCGACUCGGGCAGCGGGCCCGGAGCAAAGCAAACUUUGGAGAACACGCUAGCGGCGUGUGUAAAGUGUCUUUUGCAGUGUCUCAGCCCGGCAGUGCAAGCAGCUCAAACCCUCUCGGAAGGUCGCACGGCACUUGAUGGGUACCUAGCAGAAUCGAGGUCAAAAAUCCGUAAAGCUAUGCAGCACGGAGGGAAGCAUGUGCAGAUUACUCUGUUUGAGGAGUUACGUCUCCUCUUCAUCCAGUUAGACGCAUGGGCUUCAAAAGAAAAUGUCGAAGCUAAUCAUCUACGCGCGAUACAUGGGAUUUUGGCGACGUUAGCAGGGGAAUUGUUCUCUUAUGAUAUUGAUUUAUCUGUCGAGGCAAUCCGAAGGGGACGUGCAGAAGCGACGACUUCAUACGUCAAAUUCUGCCAACAAACGGGACGGGAGAUAGACCCGGAGCUACGGAAGUCGCUCAGUGAAUGGAGGAAAGAAGAAAGGUCUGGGCCCGUCAGACAGGUUCUUGAUCAGGUGAUCGGACAGUUGGCACCAGAGUAA